AUGGCAUAUAACCUGUCUUCAUUGACUCCCUCUCGCCCGGCACCCACACCACCCUCUGCUGGUGGGCCAGCAAGACCUUAUCCGCCCUCUUCCAAUGGAUCGCAAAUGAAACCAAGCUUCUCCUCCAGUUCCUAUUCUUCGUCUUUCCCGACUAUCAAUCCAUCUUCUGCCCCUUCAUUGCCUCAACGAAGUGGAGGAAGGAAUGAGACAGUCCGCGUAGGCCCUGCGAGUGUGAAGGAAGAAGGCUUGAGAGCUUUCAUGUGGAGCAAACGAUGGCUGGUAUUGGGCGGAACAGAAUUGAGCAUUUUCAAAAACGAGCAAUCAUCUUCGCCAGUUUAUGCUGUCCCACUCACCGAGAUUCAAGACGUACAGCGCGUCGACUUGAAACCAUUUUGUAUAGAAUUGGAAACAAAGGACAAAUUGUUGUACUUUGCAUUUCGGUCUGACGAUGAAGUCUACGCUUGGAUGGAUGACAUAUAUAAUCGAUCCCCUUUGAUGGGAGUCUCAGGGCCCACCAAUUUUGUGCAUCAAGUACAUGUUGGCUUUGACCCGGUAUCUGGCGGUUUUACCGGACUUCCUCCUCAAUGGUCAAAGCUUCUAACCUCUUCCGCAAUCACUAAGGAAGAGGCCGCUCGACAUCCCGAGGCUGUCCUAGAUGUUCUUCAAUUUUACACUCAAACGCAAAUGGGUCAGAACGGUGGAGACUAUCAGCAACCAACCUUACCCUCGCUCCCAGCUCAGUCUCGCACGACUAGCACAGCUGCGUCCCGCUUCGAAGGAGCCGGUCUAGGUGGACAACAACCACAGCGAGAAAGAGAACCUGUGCCUGCCCUCGACGCUGCUCAAAGGCUUCAAAAUUACGCACAGAAACAGCAGCAAGUUACUCCCGGACAUCGAGAGGUUCGACCACUCGUAGCGGAAAGAAAAGCACCAGCUCCACCUCGACCGGCUGGACCUUCUCAACACUCGGAACCAAGAAUCGAACGAAGUGCGCCGACUAGGCAAGAAGCCAAUAUGGAAACGGACAUUAAGGUUUCACCAGCUCAAUCUAAUGCACAAUCGCAGAAAUCGGCACCUCGCACAGAAAGAAGAAUUAGUUCCAUGAAUGAGGCGCAGAUCAUGGAGAAGUUGAGGUCCGUAGUCAGCAACGACGAUCCGUCUCAGCUGUAUUCGAAGAUCAAAAAAGUAGGGCAGGGUGCUUCGGGUAUGGUGUUUGUAGCCAAAACCCUAGCGAAUGGGAAGAAGGUAGCGAUAAAGCAAAUGGAUCUUGCACAACAACCUCGGAAAGAGCUUAUAGUCAAUGAAAUCAUCGUAAUGAAGGAAUCUCAUCAUCCGAACGUAGUCAACUUUUUGGACGCAUUCCUUGUCCGAAACUCGGAAUUAUGGGUAGUCAUGGAAUAUAUGGAAGGAGGUGCGUUGACUGAUGUCAUUGAAAACAACAAACUGGCGGAAGAUCAAAUCGCUGCAAUCUGUUUGGAGACCUGCCGUGGAUUGCAACACUUGCACUCCAGAUCUAUCAUUCAUCGAGACAUCAAAUCGGACAAUCUCCUCAUGAAUGCCCAAGGGCAAGUCAAGCUUACGGACUUUGGCUUCUGCGCGAAGCUCACGGAACAGAAAUCAAAACGGGCUACAAUGGUCGGCACACCGUAUUGGAUGGCCCCUGAGGUAGUGAAGCAAAAAGAAUACGGAGCCAAGGUUGACAUAUGGUCUUUGGGCAUCAUGGCCAUCGAAAUGAUCGAGAACGAACCUCCUUAUCUGGACGAGGAACCUCUGAAAGCGCUCUAUUUGAUUGCUACCAAUGGAACUCCUACGCUAAAGCAGCCAGAGAGACUCAGCCAGGAUCUCAAGCAUUUCCUCAGCGUUUGUUUAUGCGUCGAUGUGUCUUUUCGAGCUACAUCAACUGAGCUGCUCAAGCACGAAUUCUUGCAACUAGCUUGUCCUGUUCAGGACCUGGCUCCUCUACUGACAUUCAAACAAGUAUCCACAUAA